AAAAUUCCACAAGGCAAAGUUCGAGGUCGAAUUCUUCGGACACAAACAGGACGAGAAUUCUAUGGUUUCAUGGGCAUUCCUUUCGCUACUCCCCCGCUCGGGCCGUUAAGGUUUAGACGUCCAGUUCGACAUCCAGGCUGGAGCGGCAUCCUUGAUGCUGAUAACUUCAGGUCGUCAUGUCCACAAGUGGAUGACCAGGGCGGACUAAGUGGUGAUGAAAACUGUCUUUUUAUUAAUGUUUUCACUCCAGAUAUAAAAACGGAUCGAAACCAAGGCAACCUCUCACUCUUUCCAGUAAUGGUUUUCAUCCACGGUGAUGAUUUCGAAAGAGGAAGUAGUGACUUGUACGGUCCUGAGAAGCUGGUAGGAAAAAGUGUUGUUUUAGUUACGUUUAACUACAGGCUAGGAAUACUAGGUUUCCUGAGUACUGAAAAUGAAGAUACAUCUGGCAACUGGGGUCUAUGGGAUCAACAGCUAGCACUUGAGUGGGUUCGAAAUAAUAUCAACUACUUUCGAGGUGAUAUCAACUCUAUCACAUUGUUUGGAGAAGGAUCGGGAGGUGCUUCUGUUAUGUUCCAUGUUAUUUCUCCUGUUAGUCAAGGUAUGUUCCAGAGGGCAGUAUCGCAGAGUGGAUCGGCACUAUGUGAUUGGGCUUCAGAACAGAAUCCUGGAAAGUAUGCACGAACAGUGGCACAUCGGCUUGGAUGUCCCACUGAAAGCAGUUUACAGUUGGUGGAGUGUGUCCAGGAAAUACCGGCCAGUAGAAUAUUAAGAGUACAAAGUGAAGAAAAGGAAUAACAAGCGAUUAUUUGGCCCAAUUUAAACAAAAUCCAGAUUAUCUCCGUGGAAACCUUGUUCCCAACUUUAUUCAAGCUGCGACAAAUAUCAAUGCCAACUAUGCUGUGAUCGAGAGUGUAAUGUUCCACUAUUUCAAUAGGAUAAAUGUUGCAAACGUCAGUCAUGUUCUCCUGGCGAUGUUAAAUAUGACAACGGAUGCCUUAUAUGUGUCAUGUACUGAUCAAACAGCUAAAACCUACUCUCAACUGGGUAUUCCAACUUACUUCUAUGUAUUUCAGUAUCGUGGAUCAAACAGCAACGCGCCAAGAAAUCCAACUUUUGGUGAAGUUGUUUCCCACGGAGAUGAACUCUUUUACCAAUUUAAUCUGCGAAGGGAUGGAAAGCGCCUUCUGUCUGGCUUAGACUCAAUUAUAGAAUCUCGUAUGUUAACUUUAUGGACUGAUUUUGCUAAAUAUGGGGAAACUCCCCAUUUCCUAAACUAUGAGUAUCGUGAUAAAUGGCCUCACUAUAGAGGUGACAAUGGUCAUUUUCUAUUCUACUCAAUCGGUCGUGAUUUGAAAAAGGAGCACAACUAUCGACAAACACAAGUCACCCUCUGGUUGCACCACCUACCAUUACUCUCCAACUUAGCAACUGUAUUGCCAUCAAAGCUACCUCUUGUAGAAGACAAAGUAGAAGCAGUUUAUAGCACGUUGGCCUGGGCGGUUGUAGCUGUUGUUGUGGCGCUUUUUAGUUUAGUUGUAGUACUUUUAGUUGUUCUGUACAAUCAACGUCGGAGCCAUAAUUUUGAAAUGAAUUCGUUUGAAGAAACUUCUCAACAGUCUCCUGGCCCUCUAGUGGCACCAACAUUAUACUAAGUACAUAAAAUAAAUUACUGAAAAGCUCAAAUGUAAAAAUAUUGAAAAUUAAUCUUUGAAAGAAUCUGAUUUCAAAGGAAUAGGAAAACAUCCAAUUUUAUAUGAUAUUUAUUGCGAAAUGCUCGUACAAAUGCAAACAUUUCAUAU